UUUUACAAGAAAAUCUCUCUCUCUCUCUCUCUCUCUUAACCUCCUCAUUUCCAUCUUCCAACUUUCAAAUAAUUGAAACCUCUCUCUCUCUCUCUCUCUCUAAUGGAGGAGGUUUAUGAAGGCAAGAAGAUCCCAGCAGCAGCCAUCCUUCUCUUCCUCCUAUCGGCGGUCGCCGGCGCCGUGCUACUGAUUUGGUGGAUCUUACAGUUCCACCAAUCGAAUGAUCAGCUGUGGAUGGUGCCAGUCAGCUUCAUCUUUCUCGGCUCGCCGGUCAUGGCCUGCUUCUCCUUCUUCGCCUCCGGCGAUAGCCGGGACACUCUCCAGCUUCUCUACAAGGUACCAUCUCUGGCUUCAGAUUGUAAGGAGAAGAUUUUGGUGUGAAGGGGGAGAGAUUAUUAGGUGAGUGAAAAGCUUAUUGAUUUUUGUAUUUUAUUUUGUGUAAAUAUUUAUAUAAAAUGGUAUAAAUGGACUGACGCUGCAUAUAAUAAUACAUAUUGCGAUAUUUACUUUCUUUUAUUGUAAUUAUAACUAAUAUGUAGC